AAUCCUAUCCUGCUUUCUUUUUCCUUUUUCCUUUUUCCUUUUUCAUCUUCUUCUCCUACUCCUUCAACGCUUCCUGAAACAAACUUGGAGUUAGUGUUCGAUUCCACUGCAACCAUGCAUAUUUUAACAAAUCCUUAAAAAUCUUCCGUCCGGUCGAAUUUCAAAGGAAAAAAGAACACUAAAACCCCACCAAAAAAUGUCAACAAGAACAUCAUCGCCGCCGUCGUCUGCGUUUAUGCUGAUCUGUCUCCUCCACUCGGUCAUCGCCCUAUCAAGCGGCGCCCUCAUGAUGUUCCGCAUGAAGGAAAUCUACACCUUCACCCACGGCAUGGAGACCGCCACGAAGCUCCUCGGGUCCACCCCGCACGACCAGCUCUUGAUCCGGACCUCCGAUUCCUUCUCGGGUCUGCUCCUUUUCGCCAUCGGGCUGUUGCUGUUCAUGGUCUCCUUCGUGGAAGACAUGGAUUUCCAGUCGUUCUUCGCCAAAGGCUGCAUCUUUUUGCACGUUUUCAUGGCCGUGUGGCGGUUCUGGUUCGAGAGAAGAGUGGAGGCUUUGGCUUGGGACUCGGCUAGGCAAACAGUGGGUGAUAUUUUACUGUCUCUUUCCUGGGUUUUCUUUUUGGUUUCCUGUUGGGGAGAAAAAUACGAUUAAAAUUUACAGUUUGGAAGGUGUAUAUUUUUGUGAAUUAGCAACUUGGGUCCUUUAAAAAUGUAAAUUCCAACUUUCUUGUGAAAUAUAUAUAUAUAUUAGAUUGUAAAGUUUCAA